AUGUGUCAAGGAAUAAAGGCUGGAUACAGGUCCAUUACGUCAUUCUGCAGACCAAUAAGUAUUUAUGAGGAAUCCAAGAUGAAUUUGGAGCAGGAGAGGCCGUUUGUCUGCAGUGCCCCAGGCUGCUCCCAGCGCUUCCCAACAGAGGACCAUCUGAUGAUUCAUAGGCACAAGCAUGAAAUGACUUUGAAGUUUCCCUCAAUAAAAACAGACAAUAUGUUAUCAGAUCAAACUCCAACCCCAACGAGAUUCCUGAAGAACUGCGAGGAGGUGGGGCUCUUCAAUGAGUUGGACUGCUCCCUAGAGCAUGAGUUCAGGAAGGCUCAGGAGGAAGAAAGCAGCAAGCGGAAUAUCUCGAUGCACAACCCCGUUGGUGGGGCCAUGGCGGGGCCUGGAACUCACCAGCUCGGCAGUGCCCGGAUGCCCAACCAUGACACCAGCGUUGUGAUUCAGCAAGCCAUGCCGUCACCCCAGUCCAGCUCCGUCAUCACGCAGGCCCCUUCCACCAACCGCCAGAUCGGGCCUGUCCCAGGCUCUCUAUCUUCUCUGCUCCAUCUUCACAACAGACAGAGACAGCCCAUGCCAGCCUCCAUGCCUGGGACCCUGCCCAACCCUACAAUGCCGGGGUCUUCUGCCGUCUUGAUGCCAAUGGAGAGACAAAUGUCAGUGAACUCCAACCUCCUGGGAAUGCAAGGUCCAAAUCUCAGCAAUCCCUGUGCUUCUCCCCAAGUCCAGCCAAUGCAUUCAGAAGCUAAGAUGAGGUUGAAGGCUGCAUUGACUCACCACCCUGCUGCCAUGUCAAAUGGGAAUAUGAACACCAUGGGACACAUGAUGGAAAUGAUGGGCUCCCGGCAGGACCAGACGCCACACCAUCACAUGCACUCACACCCGCAUCAGCACCAGACACUGCCGGCCCAUCACCCCUACCCGCACCAGCACCAGCACCCAGCCCACCAUCCUCAUCCUCAACCCCAUCACCAGCAGAACCACCCACAUCAUCACUCCCACUCCCACCUUCAUGCACACCCAGCACAUCACCAGACCUCGCCACACCCACCCCUGCACUCCGGCAACCAAGCACAGGUUUCACCAGCAACACAACAGAUGCAGCCCACCCAGACAAUACAGCCGCCCCAGCCCACAGGAGGGCGCCGGCGAAGGGUGGUGGAUGAGGAUCCUGACGAGAGGCGGCGGAAAUUUUUGGAACGGAACCGGGCGGCCGCCACCCGCUGCAGACAGAAGAGGAAGGUCUGGGUGAUGUCACUGGAAAAGAAAGCAGAAGAGCUCACCCAGACAAACAUGCAGCUUCAGAACGAAGUGUCCAUGUUGAAGAAUGAGGUGGCACAGCUGAAGCAGCUGUUGUUAACGCAUAAAGACUGCCCCAUAACGGCCAUGCAGAAAGAAUCACAAGGAUAUCUCAGUCCAGAGAGUAGCCCUCCUGCAAGUCCCGCCCCCACAUGCUCGCAGCAGCAGGUCAUCCAGCAUAACACCAUCACCACUUCCUCGGCAGUCAGCGAGGUGGUAGGAAGCUCCACCCUCAGCCAGCUCACCACUCACAGAACAGACCUGAACCCCAUCCUCUAA